AUGACAUCCGUACCGACAUUGGUGGUUCCUGUUCAGCAUCGAUCACGUGCCAGGAGUUCACUGUCAACCCUGAGCGAUAUCGAUAUUGAAAACCAGUUCGACAAAUGGAAGACCUUUCAGCCAACCGUCGUAUACGAUGUGAGCGUUAACCAGAAAGGCUGUAUUUACUGGUACUGGUCGUGCAUCGUGUCGAUCGCUAUUUUCUACAAUCUGAUAUUCAUCACGUUGGUCGUUUUCGACGAUAUUCGAGAUAAAUCUGAUGCUCAGUUCCUCGUUGGAAACAUCGUUUGCGAUGUGAUCUAUUUCGUAGACAUAUGGUUUCAAACAAGAAUAUAAGUGAACGCCACUUUCGAUGAUGAUGACACUUGGCCUUGGCCAUAUAUGCCCGAAAAAAUCACAAACGUUCAUUUACCUAAGUGCUCUCACUUCGAGCAUGCCUGCUAUAAUCAGCAGAUAUUUUUGGAUGAGAAACGCGAAACGCAUCUUCUCGACCUAUGGCAGUAUUGGCAGAAUAGAACAAUCAAAAUCGAAUUCUCUCCAUUUACAAAGUCCUACGUCCUUUCUAUGUACUGGUCAGCGUUGACCAUAACCACACUUGGCGAGCAGCCGUCUCCAAAUGAAACGUUUCAAUCGGUGUUCGAAAUCCUUGAUACCGUGAUUGGUAUGCUUCUUUUCGCUGGUAUAGUGGGAAGUGUCGCCGACUUGGUGGCGACGGCGAACAGAGUUAAAACAGACUGGCAACAGCGAAUGGACCGCCUUAAACAGUUUAUGAUGUACAGGGAUAUCCAUUCCGAGUUCCAGCAACGAGUUCUUAAGUAUUGCGAGUAUGAAAUGUCGAAGAUGGAAAAUAUGUCUGAAUUAGAGAUGCGCGACUAUCUUCCGCCUAAACUAUAUAUCCAGGUGAACAGAUAUGCACAGUGGACAGUUUUGGCGAAGUCUCCGUUGUUUAAGAGUUGUGAAGUGUCAUUUCUAAAAGACGUUGUUGCCUAUCUUAAGCCAAGGGAUUUCGGCCCAGGAGAGGUGGUGUGUGCCAGAGGAGAAUUGAAUAGGGUGAGCUUGCUUAUUUUUCAUAAAAAUCGUUGA